UAACCACUAAGAAUGAUAGUACUUAUCCACAACCUUUCUUAACCAUUAAGAAUGAUAAUGCUUAUCCACAAGCUUUCUUAACCAUUAAGAAUGGUAAUGCUUAUCCACAAGCUUUCUUAACCAUUAAGAAUGGUAAUGCUUAUCCAAAAGCUUUCUUAACCAUUAAGAAUGGUAAUGCUUAUCCACAAGAUUUCUUAAGCAUUAAGAAUGAUGGUCUUAUCCACUUUUAGCUUUUAAAUAAAGGUUCUUAAAAACAGGGCUAUUACAUGUUCUCUCUCUCUUUCCCUCUCCACUCACUCUCGAAGUCUCGAUCAGCUUCUCUUUCUCUCUCUUCCCCUCUUCACUCACUCUCGAUCUACUUCUUCGAAUGCAUGUCCAGUAACAUGAACAUAUUAUGAAGAGCGUUGAACGAAUAUCAUAUGUUCCUAUGGCCUAUGGGUCGUCAGAUGAUCCCGAAGAUUUUUUUCUGAGAAGCUGAAGGACAUAUUACCUCAAAUGGAUGUCCUCAAAAGUCCCGGAGGUCCUACAUGGGAUAUACAGCUUGUAAGAAAUAAUGAAACCCUUUACUUCAGAGAGGGAUGGAAAGAGUUUGCGGAAGCUCAUAAUUUUAAAGAGAACAACUUGCUUAUCUUCAUGUACGAACGGGAUUCCUGCUUCAACAUUUGGGUGUUCGAUAGCAGAAGCUUGUGUGAGAAAGAUGGUUCAUAUUUUAUCUGGAAAUCUGCUUCUAGAAAAAAUGAGGUAGGUGAAAAUUCCCAGUUGAAGAGAAAAAAACACAGAGGUGGUUAUGUCGACGCUGCUGUCAAUAAUGAGAAUCCAGAGCUUGAAGGUUCAGAUUCCGAGUUGGACCCUGCAGGAGCCUCAAUGAAGAAGAGUCGCAGGAAUUCUAUGUGUGGCUUGAGGAGUAGUGAUGCUGAAGCAAGUACACCUUACACUGAUAAAAGUCCCCCAAGUGCAGCGGAGAAAGAGAGAGUUGUGCCAAUAGCGGAUCGAGAAUUGACAAAAGAGAGCUUUAAAGUGGUCAUGACAAAUGAGAAUGUUUCCAAUUAUUAUCGCUUGAGUAUUCCUGCACCAUUGUCAAGGGAGUAUCUUGCUCCAAAAAACCAGGAUGUGGAGCUCCAUACAGAUGACAAAAAGUGGAUCAUGAGGGUUAAUCUUGAACCUCGGUGUGGAGGCGGUGUGCUUGUUUUCGGGUGGAGCAAGUUUGUUAAGGAUAAUUUGUUGAAAGAAUUUGAUGUGUGCGUGUUUCAGCUUGUAAGCCAGAAGGAUGAGCCUGCUAUCUUUGACGUCCUAAUAUCUCGCGCUACUCCACAAGAAGCCAAUCAACCUUCUAGCAAACCAUCUUCUGUUUUAUACCAGGGUCGAUAAUAUAGAUCAGGUUAAGCCUUUUCUGUGUUUAGUUCCACUCCUUAAUGAAUUUUUACUUUAACUACUAAAGCUUGUUAUGGUAGACGACUUUUAAAUCAAAACCUAUGUAUAUUUCACUUCUAUUUUUGGGAAACAUGUAAACUAACAUACAACUAGCUCACUUUCAUGGCCUUGUUAAUUAGUAACCCAAUUUCCUUCCUAUUGUCUGAUUUUGUUUGUCUUCGUUU